GAAGUAGGAUCUUGAGAUCUAGUAACCAACUGGAAAGGGAAGGGUGCACACUUUGCAAACCACCGGAGGAUAAAACCAACCAAAGAAAUUGAGUCAACAAAGGAAAGCAAGCGACAAUGAAGACAACACUAAUAACUGUGACUCUGUGCCUGGUCAUUCUGAUGGCCACCGGCAACCCCUUUGACAGGAGAGGAGGCUCGGCCACUGGCGGGAAGGAGAAGAGGGUGCAAUAUGCGGCGUGGGACGAUGUGAACGUGAUCGCCCACGGCCUGCUCCAGCUGGGUCAGGGGCUCAAGGAGCAUGUGGACAAGACCAAGGGCCAGAUGAGGGAUAUCACUGCCAAGCUGAAGGCCUUCAACGGUACCAUGGCCGACCUGGGCAAGGAGGGUCAGAGGCUGCAGGCGGAGGGCGAUGCACUGAAUGCCCGGGCCCGGGGGCUGGAGGACAGGGAAGUCCAGGUGCUCAACGUGACGGCCGAGCUGAGGGAGAGGACAGAGGAGAUGCAGCAGGAGAGGAAGAGGGUGGAUGAGCGGAUGAACAAGCUGGAGGAGAAGGUGGACGGCAUGCUACAGGGAGAGGGGCUGCCCGACAUGAAUGCAGGCAACUACAGCGAUGCCCGCAUCAUUCAGUGGAUGCUGGAAGCUCAGAAUAAACGUAUUGAUGACCUGGUCAACAGAAUCCGACUCCAGCAAGAUAAACUUGACAAGCAGAACGUGCGCAUCAGAACCCUGCAAAACCAGAUUCAGCUGACAAAAGAGAGACCAGCAUUCAGGCGUAAACCAGAGGAGGCCGUUCACAAUGGUAGCAUUGAGCAGCGCGACUCACCCAUCGAGAUGGCCUCCGAUUGCCAUGAGCUGUUCCUGAAAGGUGAGACGGCCAGCGGCGUGUACACCAUUCAGCCAUUAAACUACCAAUCCUUUGAAGUCUGCUGCGAAAUGACAGCCGAAGGUGGCUGGACUGUGAUCCAGAGGCGCCAGAAUGGCUCAGUUGACUUUGACCAGCUAUGGCUGGCCUACCAGAGCGGCUUUGGCAGUCUGAGUGGUGAGUUCUGGCUUGGUCUUGAGAAGAUGCACGCCGUGGCCAAAGACACGGACUACACCCUCAAGGUCAAGUUUUCCGACUGGAUGGACGAUUCUGAGACGGUCCAGUACCCCAUCCGUCUGGGCGGGGAGGAGAGCCACUACGCCCUCCACAUCCAGGAGACCUCCAUCGGCAACCUAGAAAGCUCCCUGGCCACCGAAGCCUCCGGCCUGCCCUUCUCCACCCGCGACCAAGACAAUGACCAGAAGAGCGACACCAACUGCGCCAAACACCUCUCUGGUGGCUGGUGGUUCAGCAACUGCGGACGCUCCAACCUGAACGGGCGCUACUUCAUGAGCCCUCCUCCCAAGCAGAGGCAUCAGAGGAAGCAGGGGGUUUUCUGGAAGACCUGGCGUGGCCGAUACUAUCCCCUGAAGACCACCGUCAUGAUGAUCGCACCCAUCGCCAUCGAGAACAAGUCGUAGAGGAGAGACGCAGCAGUCUUCCGACUUGUCUCUUCUUAAAUUGAAACACCGUUAGAGGUGGUUGGCCGACGAGUUAGGUUAGCUACCUGCUCAUCCCAGGCCUCACCCACUGAGACUUCCAACGGAGCCAAGACCAUCAUAAAAGCCAAACGAACUCAUAGUUGAAUGGGCUCCAUGUUUCCAAAGCUUUGUUUUUCGAAAGUCUUCAACUCUCUCGGCCAGAGACACAACCGACCAAUGCAGAAAUGUCUGUUUAAGAAGUACAUGUGCAUCAGCCUUAGUAGAAAUUAAUGGAACAGGAUGAGGCGAGUUCCAACAUGUGUUCUCUGUUCCAAGAAACUGCAUUUUCUACAUGUGGAGACCCAUCUGACAGAUGUCUUUAAAUGCAAGAGCUCUCCCAGAUGUUGAGCAGUGACAUCUAGAUUGCAUACAGUAUUGUCAGCAUGAACACUGCCCUCCACUACAGUUGUACAAGUGGGGCAACUGUGGAGUUAAUUAAUCCGAUUGUAUGGACCAAAUGGUGACUGAAACAAUUCGUUGUUUUCCACAUGAACGUAAUGGCAUUAGCUAUUCAAAGGCAUUAUGUAAAUUAAAUAAUCAAUGUAAACUAGAAUUACAGUAUGUAAUGAGACAAAGUGUGUAAAGUAUUUUUCAACAAUGGUGGUUUCUUUGUCUACAUUUCCCUGUUUCUCUAUGGAGCAAACACAAUUACAGCCUUUUGUACAAAGUAACUUUUUUUAAUUUUAUUUUUUCCUGCAGUUUUAUUUUGAAUCAAAGUAAGCUCCUGCUCCACUGUUGCGUUCUCGUGGAGAAGUUUUAUUCCUCAGUCAUAUUGACUGCAUUUAAAAUGACCAGAGUCAUUUCUUUCUGUAUGAUGAAUGAAUAUUGACUGUCUUUUCAGAACCUUUACUGCAACCUGUUGUAACAUUCUCUAGUGUUCUUGUCGAUUACUUUUAGUUUUUUCCCUUUAUUUAAAAGCUUUAAAGAAUCUUUAUAUAUUUCUGGUAUUGUCUGUUUGUAAUUUAUAUAGUCUAUUUUAUGUUUUUCAGUUGUAAAAAAAAAAAAAAAAAUGUUUAAAGAGAAAAGAAACUGAUUUUUGGCUUCAACCAGCCAAUAAAAAUGAUUUAAAGAAUAAUACUUUGUCUGAUCUUUGAUCAAACACACUGAUGCAGCUGUAAAUACAAAACCAGAAGUGAGCCAAUGGUCAGAAUGAAGUAACAUGUCAGAGAACUCAAAAACAUUCAAAUUAACAUCUGUAGCCAACACAGAAACAGUCAAAUGAGUAUGGUAGACAACUAGUCAAAUGAACAUUGUAGCCCAGUUUUCAAACUUUUCUUGCCCAGGGACCUCAACAUAUGUUAGCAAAAAAUAAAAAGUAACGUCUUGGCUUAUCAGGUGAAUGAUAAUGGCAAGUAGAAGUAAAACAUUUUGAAAUGAAUA